GCUGACAAUCUGAUUGAAAUUUUGUGGUAGUUGAUUGAUGAAGUGGAACAGAAAAUUAUAUCAGCAACAGCAAAAGUUGAAGAUAGUUAACUCGCGGAACAAAAUUUUUGAGUGUUUUAUACGCAACGCAAUAUAAAUUUUUUGUAAAAAUUCACCAGUUUAAACGCAUUUUACUUUCAAAUAAAUUGUGAUUCGUAUCAAUUUACAAACCUGUUAACAGUGAGCCUGUAACUCUUUAAGUGGCAGAGAGUGUCUCUUUAUAACACUAGAGAGCGACACGAUUUUUGUGGAGCACACAGUGUCGAAAAUAAUCCAGUUUUGCAACGUAACGCAACCAGAUACUGCGCAUCGCAACCUAUCAUCUUAGCUUAUUGUAUUAUCAAAGCAGCAAAAUAAUAGCAAGAAGACAACAAAAUCCACACAACUGCAAAAUUCUUUUUUGAAUUUUUCUUUUAUUUUGGUUUGUUUGCUUUUCGUUUCGCAACCAAUCAAUUUUGAACUUUAGAAGUUGCUUCUGACAACGGUAAACACAUUUAAAAAAUUCUGUAAUCAAAAAUCAGUGGGAAAUCAACGUAAACGUCAAUUGUAAGCUGAGUGGAAAGUUUGCAUUGGAUAAUUCAUUAUCGGACAAUACUCUUUGAUCUUCGUGUGAAUUGUGUUGCGCACCCCAAGGAGGGGAGUUACUUGUUUUAUAUGACUUUUGAAAGAUUAAUAGAAACACCAGUAUUCAAAGGAGCACCACCAACUCCACCUCAACGGAGCAAGUUGGUUAGUUCGUGCAUGAAUUCACAUAGGCGAUACUUAAGUCAUAGGACUUCAAAAUUUUCCAGUAACAGACAUCGGAAGCUGCAACCUUUUAGAGAAACGUGAGCCAAUCGCACAUCAUUAGGCACCACGUUUUCCAAUUUUUCCAAAUAUUUAUAAAACAUAAUUGUAAUCCAGAUAUCUAGCAGCAGCAAACAUAUAGCACUAAAACUGAUAAAUGUAAAAAAAACAACUAAAAGAAAAACAUCUUUCAUAAGAUACAAAAAAAAUCUACAAAUAUAUUUAACAAAAAAGCCCAAAAAUUCACUUCCAACCUCAAAGUGGGGUGAAAAUUGCAUAAAAGUUUCAAAAACUGGAGAUUUGUAAAGCAGAACACAUAACAGCAAACAACAAAAACAAUAUAAACAAGUAAAUACUGUAUAACAGCCAAGCGUGAUUUCCAAUUGCGCAUUGUGUUUUGAUUCAAAAUCGAAGUAAAAUCCAAAAACUAACAACAAAAAAGCACAUAUAGCCGUCAAAUAGUAGUAAAUUACAAAAAAAAUUUAAGAAAUAGUGGAAGCAAAAGCAACCGCAGCGGAUAUUAACAAGAAAGUCAUCAUAGCAACAGCAAUAGCACCGGAAACCAACACCACUGUCAUAAUUAGGAACCAAUACCAAGCGCCAAUUGAAGUGAAAGGAAAAGCGAACUUCAUGAAUUUAUCAAUAAAGAAAUACAAUAAAUCAAAAAAUAAAAAUUUAAGUACCAUAACGUCUUCGGCAUCGUCUUGGAGGGCGUUUCGGUGCUACGACGUCGAAACGACAGCAUACAACGUAGAAGAGCAAGCGUACGCCGCAGGAUCCACAACUAACUUACUGAUGUACAGUGCCAUCAAUUGGUCACCUUGUUGAGGUUGAACGCUGAAUGCGAACGUAAGCCCUAUAUUAUCUAUAUAUAGUAUAACGGCUAGAAAGCGCGAAGCGAAGCAGCAAAACGAAGUGCGUGUCGCCGAAGAAACUCGUACGCAAAGCACGAGAGUUGUCGGAAAUCGCUAAAGCAGAAAUCAAAAGCAAAAUUUUAAUUUUCAGCUAAAUCUGUAGCGUUUAUUCACCCAUUCUCAGUUUUUAUAUGAAAACAAGAACAACAAAAACAACAGCAGAGAGUAGUAGCAGCAGAAAUAAACUCUAGAGCCAACACAUCGCGAGACAGCAAGGUGUGAUUCUCAGACUAAAAUAACCAUUAAUAAUAAAAAAUAUACAAAAUUUAAUAUCACCGAGCCGCAAGCGCAAGCUCAGCACUUUCGUCGACGUAACAGUUCGAAGGAAUAUUGCCAAAAUUACGCACAACAAGCAGCGCGAUUUAUUAUAUACUGUAUACCUUUACAAUUCUUCUAUACGCAAAAAACGCAAAGCAAAACGCCAACAACAACAACAGUCAAUCAAAAACAUUAUUCAAAAAACACAAAUAAAAUUAAUAUAAAAACAUCUAAGGAAGCACAGUAAAAAGGAAAUAGCAAAAAUGGGUUCCGUUAAUGUGAAUCGUAAUGUCACCGACAUUUUCUACCGUUAUAAAAUGCCACGCUUGCAAGCUAAGGUCGAGGGCAAAGGUAACGGCAUCAAAACCGUUAUUGUUAAUAUGGCUGAAGUGGCACGCGCCAUCGGACGUCCGGCCACCUACCCGACCAAGUAUUUUGGCUGCGAAUUGGGCGCUCAAACACAAUUUGACUACAAGAAUGAACGUUUUAUCGUAAAUGGCUCCCACGAUGCCAGCAAAUUGCAGGAUCUGCUCGAUGGUUUUAUACGCAAAUUCGUCUUGUGCCCGGAAUGCGACAAUCCGGAGACCGAUUUAACCGUCUCGGCUAAGAAUCAAACCAUUUCGCAAGCAUGCAAAGCUUGCGGUUUUCAUGGUCUCUUAAAAGUCAAUCACAAGGUUAACACGUUCAUCUUGAAGAAUCCGCCAACUGUCAAUCCGGCCGCACAAGGCUCCUCAUUGACCGAAGGUAAACGUUCGAAACGUGGCCAAAAGAAGAAUGGUGAGAAUGGUGUGGAUGGUGAUAAAGGUGCCAGCAACUCGGGUGGUGAGUCGGAUGGUGGUAGCGGCAAUCAGGCCAGUCAAACCGAGGCGGAAAUUAGCGCUGCCAUACCGGAGAAGAAUGGUGAUGACGAUGAUGAUGAUGCCAACUGGAGUGUCGAUGUGUCCAAGGAAGCCAUACGCGCUCGCUUGCAAGACUUGACCGACGGUGCCAAGGGCAUGACAAUCUCAGAUGACUAUGAUAAGACCGAAAAGGAGCGCAUUGACAUCUUUUAUGAGCUGGUCAAGAAGAAGCGCAAUGCCGGUGAGCUCGACUCCGUUGCCGUACACAAGGAGCUGAUGAUCGAAGCUGAGCGCCUUGAUAUUGUGCACAAGGCUACGCUGGUCUUAGCCGAGUUGCUCUUCUCCGACAACAUCACACAGGAAGUGCGCAAGAAUCGCAAUCUUUUGCUGCGUUUCACACACAACAAUCCUAAGGCACAACGUUAUCUCAUCGGCGGUUUGGAGCAGAUAAUCGCUUUACACGCGGCCAAACUGAUGCCCAAGGUGGCGGGCAUUUUUAAACUCUUCUACGAUUCGGACAUACUCGAGGAGAAGUCCAUACUGGAGUGGUCACAGAAAGUGAGCAAGAAAUACGUUUCAAAGGAUGUGGCUACGGAGAUACACGAGAAAGCCAAACCGUUCAUACAGUGGCUGAAGGAGGCCGAGGAGGAGGAAUCUUCGGAGGAGGACGAAGACGAUUCCGAUGUGGAGAUUGAGUAUAAUGAUCGCGCACGUGUAGAGCCAUUAAAGGCAGCCGCUGUGGCCACUGCUGCCAAGAAGAUUGUUGACGAUGAUGACGAGGGCGAAGAAAUCGACAUCGAUGACAUAUAAAGAGGGUGUGGAGAAAGAGCAGCAGCAGUAGCGUAUGCGUAGUUCAAGCCAGCGGCUUUGCGAAUUAUUGCUAAAGCAACCGUAGUUUUAAUCUUCCAUUCUUUCUCUUUGCGUGUUUUUCGUUUAAGUUUGGACUUUAUGCACUCUGGUGCCAAUUAGGCAUGAAAAAGAGGCGUCUUUUACACGUCACAUUACAUUUUGACUGUCUCUCUGUCCACAAAUAUUCCAAAUUUUAACAUAUUUUUCGCAACAUUUCUGCUUUACGCGGCGCUUGCUGUACCUUACAACAAAAACAUCCUAACUGCUGCAAAAAUUAUCCGUUACUCUCUCUUCUAUAUCAUUGAAAUCUUUAUUUUUUGAUUUAUGACUUUAUUAUAUUUAAGCUUUUUUGUGUUAACGGUAUUUACACGUAAUUUCAAACGGCAGAAACUAAAGACGCAGCUUCGAUUUUGUCUCGACGCUAUACAAACACAGUACACAGUAAAAAAAAAAUAUUUCCACUUACUAAAAAAAUGUAUAAAUAGUAUUUUUAACGGUACUUAUAUGCCAACUCCGUACACACAUAUACGCCAUAUUGUUCUGUCUCUACGCUUUCCACACGAUAGAAACGCCGAGUGCUUACUUUUCCGAAAAUAAAACUUUUGCACUAAUACUGAAGCCAAAACGUUGCAGAAAGCUCAAUUAUGAAGUAACACAUACACUCACCCUAUUUCCCAAUAUUGCCCAUAUUUGUCGCAACAGUGGAACACACAACAAGGAAAAGGGCACCGCAAAGCUUUUGCGUUUUUCGAACUGUCGUAAAUUUUGAAAUUUAUUAUGCAAGUAAAAAAUGUAAAAAAAAAUACAAAAUAUAAAAAUGUAAAAAAAAAACAAAGAAA